UCUGAUAGAAUUAUUGAUGAAAAAACUGGGAGAUUGACAAAACCUUUCAAGUACUUUAAUUUUUAAAAAUUUAAGAAAAUUUAAAGAGUAAUGCUAAUGAAUUUAUUUGAUAUUUUUGAUUUGGAUGAUGAUGGACUUUUAAGUCGAAGAGAAUUUGAAGCUUAUAGUAUUCUUGCUGGUACUGGACCUGUUAGUGAACAAGAAUGGACACGUAUUUGUACAGAUUUUGAAUUAAGACAGCAACAUAUACCAAUGAAGACAUUUGUACAAAUGCAUCAAAGAGAGGCAGAAAGUUAUGGCCCAAAAGGAAAUUUAGAACAAAUGUGGAAAGCUGUUAGGGCGCUUGGACAUAAUCGACGAUUUUUUAUGAGCACAACGUGUCCACUUCGUUUAACAUUACAUUGUUCUGAAGGCCCAUUGCUUAUCGAACCAUUUCGUGUUGACCGAUUUUAUUCGGAUGAGAUAGACAAUCUUUUAGCUGAACAUUUUUGGGAACAAGGAAAGCCGUUACCCUAUUUAAAAGAAUUUACAAGUCUUCGCCAAUUUAAAGCUGAUUAUUAUGUUGUGUUGAUAGCUGGAAAAACAAAACAAACAACUCAUUAUGAGCUUGACUUGAGAGGUUCAAAUAAUGUAAAUAUUGAAGGAAAAGAAUUAAUUAUUGACCAAAAAGUUCAACCAAAUAUAAUUCAGAUUUUAACUGUUGUAAUUGCCCAGUCAGAAAAUUGGUAUUUAAGUGUGAAAAUGAAAGGAGCUCCAAUAAAAUCUGAAAAAAGAAAAGAAGAAAUAAAUGUCGAGAAGAUUAAUUGAUAAAAUGGUUUUCUAGUCUUAAAAAUUUUUUU